AGGCUCGCUUUACAGCGAUCCUCGUCUGUGUGUCAUCAUCUAUAUAAACGCUCAACCGUAGGUAGUUAAUUCUACCAUCCGGCCGGAUAGCCCUGGCAGCUGUGGCCAUUAAACAAAUAUACUACUACUACUAUAACCAUAAAUUUUAGCAAGAUUAGAAUAAGAUCUCUGGAGAUUAGAUUGAGUCUCUUGGAGAUUGAUUAGAGCAAUGACUAUAAAAUGUUAUUAUUUUAUUCUAUAUUUAUUGGAUUAGAGCAAUGAUUAGAGUCAGAGUCAUAGAGAAUAUUACUUUUCUGUGUACGGAGGCUAAAAGCAGCUAAAAGAUUUCAAGUCCUCAGUAGAUUGGAGAUUAGCGCAGAUUCAAAAGUAAUUAAUUUUCUUUCAAUUUGGAGCAUAUUUGGAGUUUAAAGCUAUGGGCAAAGUAAAACGCCUAAGACAAAAGUUCCACAAUGCCUGCAGAAAGCAGAAUGAUAACCUAAAUAACACCAUUAGUUUUGAUUCGAAAGCUUUGUCCAACAUAGAACUUAACACACCAACGGAAAAUAUCUUUAGUGGUAUAAAUAUAGACAUAGAAAAACUUACUAACAAACUGAAUGAUGAUGGCCAGUCUGGAAAAUCAUAUAAAUCAUUAAAAACUGAAUUGCAAGAAAGUAAAACUAUAUCUAAAACAGAAAAACUGAAAAUUAGAAGGCAAGUUUUACUGAAAAAAAUUGAUUCGUUAAAUCAAAUGAAAAAGGAGGCGAAAAUAAGGAAAAAGCGGAAAACAAUUUCAAUUAUUGGAGAUACAAAUCCCUUACAUGAUGCAUUGCCAUCAUUAGAGUCUUUGUUGAAAAGUCAUCCAAAAAGUCAAGAUAGUAAGGUACAAGCAAAGAAAAAACGAGGUAUUGAGAAAGCCAAGGUAAGAAAAAAGCAACUUGUACAAGGAAUUAAAAUAUUUAAUGCUGUGUUAAACAAUAAGCAUUUUCAAAAAGAUCCUAAACAGGCAAUAUCUCAGCAUAUUCAGAAUUUUGUUAAUUUAGAUAAGCAAAAGGCAGGUAGAACACAUUCUUAGAAAGCAGUAUUUAGAAUAAUAAUAGAAAGUUUGUUUAUCUUACAAUUGUAAAUUUUACUGUACAAUUGAAAAAAAGGGACAUGUUGACUUGGCAAUGCCCGCAAUUCUCAUUUCCAAACCAAACUAAUGUUGUUUAUUUUUCUGUCUUAUGGUAAACCUACUAUUAUGUUUUAAGAUCUUUUGAUUUACUAUUGUUAUUUUAAGUACAUAUUAUUUAUAAAAGGAAAAAAAAGUUGUUUAGCAAUAAAAUUAUUACCUCAUUUAUAUUUUAA